AAUACUUACAAGUCCUUUCCUUGAUUCAAACGCAACCCUUUUUUUUCACCCCAUCUCUCUCAUAUGAAUCAUAAUACACCAUUGACUUUAAUUAAUAUGAUCUUACAAUUCAACAUCCAAAUCCAUCAUCAUCAACAACAUGGCUAAACAAACCAAACUACCAAUCUUUCAUCUACCUUAAUAUAGAACAACUUCCUAUUGUUUUGAUCAUCAAGAAGAUGAAUAACACAGCUGAUUCAUCUGGAUUCUUUGGUUCCAAUAACAUAAGUGGAUUUGGUUAUGGCAUAGGAAUUUCAAUUGGUAUUCUUUUACUCAUCACAACAAUCACACUCACAUCAUAUUUUUGUACAAGAUCACAAGUACCAAAUCCUCAUAGAAGAAGAAACAAUAAUAUUAAUACCCCUCAUGAAUUUCUAGAGCCACAACAUUCAAUAAUUGAUUUGGGAUUAGAUGAAGAAACAAUUAUGAGUUAUCCUAAGAUGUUAUAUUCAGAAGUGAAGCUUAAGAAAAAUGAUUCAACAUCAACAUGUUGUUCUAUAUGUUUAGGUGAUUAUAAAGGGAGUGAUAUGCUUAAGGUUUUACCAGAUUGUGAACAUUUGUUUCAUCUUAAGUGUAUUGAACCUUGGUUAAGGAUGCAUCCUACUUGUCCUCUUUGUAGAACUUCUCCAAUUCCAACACCUCUUUCAACACCUUUGGCUGAAGUUGUUCCAUUAGCAACAAGAAGAGAUUAAUAGGUAUAGUAAUUGGUUUUUUAUAUAAUUUUGCAAAUUGCAUCAUUGGUGGUUGGUUUAUCACAAAUUUGUCUCUUAAUUAAGUACUUUAUUUAUUGAUUCCAUAUUGUAAAUUCUUCCUUUUUGAAGCCUUUGUUUCAAAAAGAAUUUGUUGAAAACUGGCAAACGUUGGUUCAUUUUUUUUAUAGACGAAAUGACAAAGCCAUUGAAAACACAAAAAGUGGAGUGAUCGAUCGGGAUUCGAACCUCGGUCAUGAUAUUCGACACUAGCAAUUUUAACAUUUAAGUCGGUUGAGUUUGAAUUUGUGGACAAAUAUUGGUUCAUUUUAAUUCUUCUAAAACUCUUACUAUUUGAAAAAG